AUGUCGUUACCUGAACUCGAAAAGUUCUCCCAGUCGAAGCAAGCGAAGAAGUUCACCAUGAUCCCAGACACCUCCACCGACUCAUUGUACUUGGAUUCCAAGGUUGCGCUCGAACAACGGAGGCAGGCCAAGGAGGAGAUGGGGAUGCAGUUGCCAGAAUCCGAACCUUUCGCUCAGUCCAACCAAGCAAAACAAUUCACCAUGAUCCCAAAUACCUCCAGCGACUCAUUGUAUUUGGAUUCCAGUGUUGCGCGCGGACAACGGAGGCAGUCCGAGGUCGAGAUGAAGGCGAAUGACGCUGCUUUCCAGAAAGCCGAGGGGCAGGAAGGAGAAGGCCUUCUCGCGGGCAUGAAACACCAAUUGGACUCGAUGGCUCCUGGUGGCUCGAUCUCGGAGUUUGGAAAUUCCAUUGGCUCCGCCGCCCAAGAGAGAAUCGUCGCCGCGAAGGAUACCAUAAUGGAGGGUGCGUUACCUGCUGCGCAGGGAGCAUUACGUACCGUUCGGGGUCACAUUCGCUCUAUUUCAGGUGGAUCCAACGAGGUUGAGGAGACGGUACCUGAAGAACUUUCCCAGGAAGAGCGCGAAUGCAUUGAUAAAAUGAGCAACGAACAGAUUUGCGACUUCCUUCGAGAGAAAAAUAUGAGCAAUAAGCACUCACUGCCAACGAAGUAG